CCACGUGAUGGGUUCAACUAUUGGCUGGAAUGCCGUUCGCGCAUUGGCUGACACAUCUCGGUCGGCAUUCAUUCCCAAAUGCCUUCCUGUCACCGUGGCGGCAUUUCGAUUCCAACAGCGAUGGCUGACAGCUCACGACUCACGACUAAUGACUCACGGGACGAUCGUCGUACAAUACACGUAUCAGUGCUCAUCCGCCUGCACUUGCUCGCCUUCGUUUCCGAAUAAGCGACGCACAUUACCAGGCCAUAUUUGGUCAGAACAGCGCUGGGCUUCGCGCAUCGCGUCGCGAACUGCGAAUGGCUGGCAAAUGCUGGGCGUCGUCCCGGCCAGAAAUCGAGAGAGGUAGAUCGGCGGUCCUGAGCAACGCCCUCGAGCAACGUCCCAACUGGUAGGUCACGAAACUGAUUGUCCCCAUCGCAGUCAGCAGUCCAUUUCGUGACCUCCGCUUCGAAUCCAAGCAUUCACAGGCGUGUGCCCCGCUCACGCUCAACCCAGAGCUCUCUAUUCAUCUCUCGUCGCGGUUCACCCUUAUCACUGCUCCGUUACCUGCUCCGUCGCCUCCCCUAGCCGUCCUUGUAUUCACUCCACCGGCGCAACCAGCGGAGCAACGGAGCCUCCCCUUGCCGUGCAGCCGUCUCCGCCGUCUCCAGCAGUGCUGCCCAGGCCCCGCCGGGGUUCAGCGUGAGUCAGGCCGGUUUAGCGGCGGUUGCCGGCUGCCGCUGCUCAUGGCGGCCCAUCAUCCCCCUGAUAAUGAUUAUCUUCGCGCGGCGGUCCCCGCCAACCCACCGCCCCCCGACCCUCCGGAUGUCCCGCCGCGCGGUCUGCGCGUCCGCCACGGCGGCAAUGUAGGCGCGUCCCUUCCCCGCAGCAAUGCGCACGUCGGGGAGAGGCGCGCCGCGGGACACGUCGCGGCCAGGAGCGACGCGGCUGUCCCGCACGACUCGUGCGGCGGAGCGACACACGAGGCUUACGAGUCUCUCUUCGGGCGCGGCGCCGCGUCGAGCUCUGCGCGCGGGGUCGCGGGAGACGCGGAACGAAUCCCUGUCGUUGCGCGCGGAACCGUUGCCGAUUCUGGCGCAUUCGCCGCGCCUACUGCCGCCCAGCGGCAGUGGCGGGAGGCGCGGAAGCGGCCGUGGGAGUCAUUGUCGGCGGGACAGCCGCGCCUUGGCCUGAGGGAGGCGCCUAUUGGACAGCGCGGCGUGAAUGACGCGCCUGGAGGGGAUUCUCGGCGCGGCGCGCUGCGGGCUUGCGCUAGUUUCCCGAGCUCGGCGGAGCUAGUGGCGCGGAGCUGGAACGGAGAUGCUCUGGCGGAAGCUGUGGGUGCUUGGGUUGGCGCAGGGGAAGGAAGCGGAGGGAGCGGGGGAAGCGGGGGGAGCAGGGGAAGGGCGGGAAGGGGGGGAAGUUGGCCGCAUUUCUCUGGGAGAAACGGGGAGCAUGGCGCUGGUGGGAGGGUGUGGGACUCGAAGUCUGUCUUAACGUGCCAUGACUGGAUUGGCUCGCGAGGCUGGCAGCAGCAGCAGCAGCAACAGCAGCAGCAGGAGCAGCAGCAGCAGCGGGGCGUGCAUGCACACGCGGAGGGGAUUGCGCCACAGCAGAUUCUUGAAACCCCUCCAACGGCAUGCAGCGGGCGCAUCAACCUCGCGCCCCUCCCUGCUGCUAACUUCCAGCCGGGCUGCCUUGCAGCAAUCCCUGUAUAUACAGCGGCAGCCCCUGCUGCUCCUCCCUUCACUGCAGCCCCUGCUGCUCCUCCCUUCACUGCAGCCCCUGCUGCUGUCGUCCCCCCUGCAGCCCCUGCUGCCGUCGCCCCUCUCGCCUCUUUCUCUAUGAGCACAAGCCCUCUGUGCACCUCGGCUGCCGCUCCCCCCCAUACUGUCACACCUCCCAGCAACGGUCCGCCUGUCACUCUCUCUAGUGUCACUUCUCAUGGAAGAGACCCGAAGUCAGCGAGAGACCCAGCUUAUAACUCUCUGGAUCUGUCCCUGCGCCUGGGACUGAGCACCGACCCUCUUGAGAAGGACCCUCAGCACAGCGGAGGGGGGGGGGAUGCUGAAGGCAGUGUGCAUGGCUCGGCAGAGCCCAAGGGGGUGUUGCCAGGAGAGGGGGAAGACAUGCAGGGCAAUGGGGGUUACGGCUCGUGUGACAUGGCAUCCAAUAAGCCACUGGAGCCGCGCGUUGCAGCGCCGCACACCCCGUCCCGCCUCAAGGCUGUCGGGCCCCUGGAGUCGUGCCUGGAACUGCCUUAUACCUCUCAUGCCUCUCAUGCCUCUCAUGCCUCACACGCUUCUCAUGACUUAAAGCCCAAUGAAGUGUUGCCGCUCGGUGUACAGCCCUCUGCUGCUGGUGGUGGAGGGUCAGUUUGGGAGAGGGCGGGAGAGGUGAGUGAGAAGGGGUGCUGGCAGGAAGCAGAUGGCAGUGAGAGGGAGGGAGUGAGAAGGUGGGUGAGAGAGGGGGAGGGAGGGGUGAGUGAGGUUUACACUCUGGUGCAGGAUAGUAUCUGGGAGUGUAAUUCUGCUGCUGCUGGUGGCACAGGGGGUGCGGGCUCCUACUACGGCAGAAGCGGCGGCGGCAGCAGCAGCAGGAGUGUGUAUGAGCAGCAUGCGCUGCUGUACAAAGUGAACCUAGAAAGGCACAUGAGGGGCGAGGGGCUUUGAGACCUCGUCCGGUCGAGUUUUAAGAUGUCUCAAAGCAGGAGUGUGUAUGAGCAGAAUGCGCUGCUGUACAAAGUGAACUUUGACAGGCACAUGAGGGGCGAGGGGCGGGCGGCAAAUUCGGCAGAGCGGGAGUGAGUGGUGUCCAUGGCCUUGCGCUGCCAUUGCUCUGCACGGGCUUGCCCUGCUUGCGUUUCCUGGCACCAGCACACAUCUGGUGGUUCAAUCAGCUUCCCAAGGGUGACCAGUGGUCCCAGGGGGCAUGUGUACCAGCUGGCUCUUGCGCCUUGACUGUAUGUCACUGCCUGCUUGUACAUAGUAGUAGUAGCAGUAGUUGUAGUAGUAGUAGUACCAGUAGUAGUAUGGCUCUUUUUAUACCCAGUAGGUGUGAUCUUCGCCAUCCCGAGCAUGUGCUUCAGUGCAGUAUGUCCUUCAUGGUGGGUACGAGGUAGCUGCUGUACAAGCGUGAGGAGAGUUGGUUCCUACAUCAACUGGUAU